CGAAAAUGUCCUUUCGCAAGCGGAAUAUUGGGCUAUCGACUGGCCCGGGUCAGGGACCUGCCGCCAAUUCCCCUGCGCAAACCGCUGCCGUCACCGACUCGAGCCCUGGGAUCCGUCCCUCUCCCGAUGAUGGCAGACCAACGACGUCUACGGGUACACUGUCGCUGGACAAUCUUUUAGCAGGACAUGGGGGGCUUCCUAUUGGGAAGAUGCUGUUUAUUGAAGAGAAUGGGACUACGGACUUUGCGGGCGCAUUGCUACGAUACUAUGCUGCCGAAGGAGUAGUGCAGGACCAAAAGGUUCAUGUCAUUGGAGUGCCAGAGCAAUGGGGAAGGAGUCUUCCUGGUUUAAUAGGCUCUGCCGAAGCUGGUGACGAGAAGCCGGAUAGGCGGAAGAGCGAGCGUAUGAAAAUUGCCUGGCGAUAUGAGCGUCUGGGAGAGUUUGGCGCAGGAGUUGCAGGAUCGCGAGCCCCCGCGGCACCUGAACAGAACCAGAGCACGGACGGAAACCAGGUGAAACCAGCAUUCUGUCAUGCAUUCGACCUCACGAAACGCCUCACCCAUCCCUCCAUUGCGAAAAUGAACUUUAUCCCGUUCGCACCCACGAGAGAGCCAUUCUUCACUUCUAUUUAUAAGCGACUUCAAAGCGCCAUUGCAUCGAGCCCUCCGAACACCGUGCACCGCAUCGUCAUCCCGUCCUUGCUUAGUCCCACCAUGUACCCUCCGGAAGUCAGUCAGCCAGACAAUGUUCUCCCGUUCCUUCACUCCCUCAGAGCUCUUUUGAAUACCCCAAACGCACGCAUCACAGCCAUUAUCACAGUCCCCCUGUCACUUUUCCCCCGCGAGUCAGGCCUCGUACGAUGGAUGGAGCUGAUCGGCGAUGGUGUUAUCGAACUGUGUCCUUUCCCUCACUCCGCUGAUGCGCUGGCGACAUCGGGAGCGGCAACUUCUGGAGAAGAGCCACCCCAGGGCAUGCUGAAGACACAUCGAUUGCCGGUGCUGCACGAACGUGGUGGUGGUAGUGACCAGAAUAUCGGGCAGGAUUGGGCGUUCAACCUGAGCAGACGGAAGUUCGAGAUUAAACCCUUCAGUUUACCGCCGGAUGAGGGCGACAAGGAAGCUCAAGGCGGAGCAGCUGCGGGCGGAAUGCCUAAGAAGGAGGAUUUGGAAUUCUAGAGUGAUAAUCGAAUUGGAGGUAGAUUAUUCUUCAUGGUUCGAGUCUUCGAGCAUAUCCUGCAGCUCGAUCUGUUCAGACAUGGCCCCGCCCGUUUGCGCCAUUGUCCGGAGAUAACUCCGUCCAAAUGCGGGUCUUGUCGACUCAUCUUCAAAAUGACGGCGCAAGCGAAAAAAGGCAAACCAUGCUUCAAGGUGUCAGCAAAUGCGGCGCGGCACAGACAGAAGAUGACCCACCUAAAACGAGGAGGAGAGGUGAAAAGAACACGAGGAAUAGCAGGAUGAAAAAGUUCAUUGCGGCGCUUGGUGACAGACGUCAGGUAUAAAUAGACAGACCAAAGAGAUAUGUUACUGUCAAGAAUAUGCGGUUAUCAGUCCG